UGGAGCCCUCACAGAAAUUCACCAUUGUAGCUUGAGAGAACCUCCUGGAUUAAACUCCAUAUCAACUCUGGGAAGACUGAGGAAGACAAAACAAGAAGUACAAAAAAAAAGACGACAACUUGCUGCCACAAUAGACCAUUUUGGCUAUGAGAAUCUGCAACAAGAACGUGCGGCUCCAAGAUUUCACCAUCAUGUACUUCACCGCCCUUGCUGCUCUCAUGGUCAUCUUGGUGGCUUCAUAUCAGGGCCCCACCAAUGCUAUUGAAGUUUCAGACCUUCAAAUAAACCCCUCCGGCCCUCUACCACCGCUCCCCAUGCCCUUCCGUAUGCACCUUGACCCACGCGGGGAGGUCCAGCUUGCCUGGAACAUCAGCUACGCCACCCAGGAGGUUUACAUGCAGUUGAGGGUCGCUGACAUCAAACACGGUGUGGUCUUGGGGAUGUCGGACCGUGGGGAGCUGACCAACGCUGACCUGGCAGUGUUGUGGGACUCAGGAACUAACAGCUUCUUUGGGGAUGCGUGGAGUGACAGUGAGGGUCACGUUUCAUUGGACAGCCAACAAGACUACGAGUUGUUGGAAGCCAAACACAAACCUGACGGAUUCUACCUGCUCUUCAAAAGACCGUUCAGCACCUGUGAUCCCCGAGACUACCUCAUAGAGGAGGGAACCGUGCACUUCAUCUAUGGAUUUUUGGAAGAACCACUUGCCUCUCUGGAGCAGCUGAACCUCUCCCUGAUCCACACAGGCGUGCAGACUGUGCUGAUGCUGCGCCCCGACACGCUGCCUCCCACCCUGCCUCCAGAUGUGCGGAUGCUGGAUGUCUUAUCGCCAAACGUCAUCAUCCCAAAUCAGGAGACCACCUACUGGUGCUUCAUACAGAAGCUACCUGAAAACAUGCCCAAAAACCACAUUGUUAUGUAUGAGUCAGUGAUAACUCCAGGUAACGAGGCCAUCGUGCACCACAUGGAAGUGUUCGAAUGUUCUCCGGAUAAAGGCGACGUUCCAGAGUACAGCGGCUCCUGUGAUGACAAGAUGAAGCCUAACAAGCUCAAUUUCUGCCGCCAUGUGCUCGCUGCAUGGGCUAUGGGUGCCGAGGCUUUUUACUAUCCUCCUGAUGCAGGGCUGCCCAUGGGUGGACCAAGUUCCUCAAGGUUCCUUCGUCUGGAGGUCCAUUACCACAACCCUCUCCUUAUAUCUGGCCACCGCGACUCUUCAGGGAUACGCUUGCAUUACACCCCGAGUCUGAGGCGGUAUGAUGCAGGGAUCAUAGAGCUGGGACUUGUUUAUACUCCCGUCAUGGCUGUCCCACCUAAACAAAGCACCUUCUACCUCAGUGGAUAUUGCACCUCCAAGUGUACCGAGACUGCUUUGCCUUCAGGAGGAAUCUAUAUAUUUGCAUCCCAGCUGCACACCCACCUGGCGGGGCGUGGGGUAAGGACUGUUUUGGUGAGGGCAGGCAAAGAGCUGGAGGUGGUCCAGGAGGACAAGCACUUCAGUACACACUACCAGACGAUCCGAGUACUGAGGAAAAUGACAAAUGUUUUACCUGGUGACGUCCUCAUAACUAAGUGUACUUAUAACACAGAAGAUAGGAGCAAGCCUACACUGGGAGGUUUUGGCAUCAUGGAUGAAAUGUGUGUUAACUACAUUCACUACUACCCUCGAACUAAGCUGGAGCUCUGCAAGAGCCAUGUUGACCCAGGAUACCUGCAGAAAUACUUUAGCUUCAUUAACAGGUUCCACGGAAAUGACCAGUGUGUGUGUGGAGAUGUGGACGUGACGGAGCAGUAUUCUCAACUACAGUGGGACGCGUUCAGUGGAGAAGUGCUGGACUCCCUUUAUAACACAGCCCCCAUCUCCAUGCACUGCAACCAGUCGAGUGCACGCCUCUUUCCUGGAGAGUGGGACAAACAGCCUAUACCAGUGGUCACCUCCAUCCUGGAUAAGCCUCGCUACCCCUGUGAGGGAGGUGGGCCGCCCACCAGCAAACCCCCUACACCCCAAGUCUGAGCAAGGGGGUCACCACGGCAUGCUUCAGCCCACAAGAGGGUUGCUUACCCUGGAGAAAGUUAGAUAAGCUCCUUUCAGCGGAAUUGAGAGUUUCAUCUCUGUGUUUGGGGAUGGAUGAUGUUCUCUACUCGCUGUUAUUAUAUAAUAUCUACAGUAUGUGUUAUGAGUAUUCCAAAUGAUUGAUUAUUCAUAUGAUAUGUUUAGGAGCACUGAAAUGGUAAUGGAAAGGGUCAUGUUACACAACAAAGUGUCUCUCUAAUCAGUGCUUGGGACAAAAGUCUUACAUUAUUAAAAGUAAAUUGAAAAUUUUUUACUGCAGCAAAGUAUUACUUAAAAAAAACCCACUUGAGUUGAGUUUAAUGAGAGAGUUCAGUUCAGCAUUGUAUUAUUCCCACUCUUUUUGCCCCGUGUGUAUUUGCAUUGUUUUUGUGUGUAAAAUAAUAAAUCUCACAAAACUGUUGGCAGACAAAAAGGGAUUUAAUAAUACACAAAAUGCUUUGGACAGAUUAAAUAAGUCGGAUUUAACAAUCAUUUUACAAGUUAAACAAUAAAACAAUUCACUUAAGACAUUUUGCAUUUAAGAAUCACCUGCUUUCUAUCGUCAGUCCUUUUGUAGUAUUCACAUCAUAGAAAGACAAUUUCUGUAAACUUAAUAAGGGUAAAAAGACCUGUGGACUUGUCGUGUAGAGGACCAGUGGUGAUAGUUUCUGUCAGUCUGUUUCAAAUUUCCAAAAUAAAUCUUGUUAUUAACCCAA